GGUUUCUCAAUUCGAUUACAAAGAUUCGUACUUGAUUUGUUUUCGAAUUGCUGGACGAGUUUGUCUUAUUGGGAAAUGAUUUUAGUAAAUCGUUGAAGAGAAAUCAGGAAAGUUGAAUACUUUCUCUCUUAAAGUUUUGAGCUUUUUGGAUUGUAAAAUUGGACUAAUGGAGAAUUCAAUUCUGUGUUAGAGUUGUUAUCAUGAAGAAAGGUUUGAUGCGAUGGGAUGAUGAUGAUGAUGAUGAUGAUGAAGACUCUUCUGAGGAAUCAUCAUCGUCUUCUGCUUCUGAUUCAAAUGUGGAUAAUACAGAGAUUGGGGAGAAGAAGAAGAAGAGAAAGAGCAAGAAGCCAAUAGCGAGGUUUGCGAAGAAAGAUAAGAAAGCUUUUGACUAUGAAUCUCUGCAGCAGCAUGGUUACAAAGCUGUUGGUCUUUCUGAUAUUCCUGCUCCCAUGGAGAAACAGGAUUGGUCAUGGACUACGGGAAAGGAUAAACAAAGAGUAGAGGAAGUGAAAGAAAGUUAUCAAGAACGAGAAGCUACAAGAGCUGCUGCGGUUACUGGUGGCGAGACGAUUGCGAAUGCGCAGUUGCGGAAUGAUAGGAAGAAUCUCUCUUUUUCACAGAAGGAGAAGAAGAAGAGAGAUUUGGGACAAGCAAGUAGAGGCAAGAAUUAUGUUGAAGAAGAGAAGAGACAGUUGAGAGAGAGUGGUGUUUACUCUGGUUUUGACUCUUAAGAGACUCAACUUUGAGGUAAUGUCUUUGUAUUUGAUGGUAAUUUUAUAUGAAUGUGAAGAAACUAGAGCUUGAAUUCUCUUAGUGUCACAAAUUUGUAUGGAGAAUAAUCAGUUGCUUAGCAUUGUUUACUCGUUCUGAUUCCUGAAGAUCUCAGCUUUGAAAUGUAUCUUAGUGUUCCUGAAGAUCUCAGCUUUGAAAUGUAUCUUAGUGUUCCUGAUCUCAGCUUUGAAAUGUAUCUUAGUAUAUGAUGAUAAUUUGAUAUG